CCAAAAAGAGGCAAUUUAUCCUUAAAAAAUGCCAGGUGAAGUCAUUUCCUUACAAACGGGCCAAUGUGGCAAUCAGGUUGGUCUUGAGUAUUGGAACCAAUUAGCAGCAGACCAUGGAAUUUUGCCCGACGGCACAGUUGUCCCCGACACAGAAAGACCGUUGCAGUAUGAGUCACUGGUGGGCAGCACAGACCAAAUUGCAAACUCAGGGAGUCUUUCCACGGCUACUGAUCUUUUCUUCACACAAUCUGAAACGUCGCGAUAUAUCCCACGAUCAAUAUUAAUUGAUCUAGAACCUUCUGUGAUAUCCAAGUCCAUGAGUAAGAUGCCCAUGUUCAAUCCUCGCAAUGUACAUUUGUCGCAUCAGGGGAAUGGAGCCGCCAACAAUUGGCAGUCUGGGUAUUCAUAUGGGUUACAGUAUCAAGAUGAACUUAUGGAUUUAAUUGAUAGAGAGUGUGAUAAAUGUGACAAUUUGUCGACGUUCCAGUUGUUCCAUAGUGUUGCUGGAGGGACUGGAUCCGGAGUAGGGUCAUUACUUCUUGAGUUAUUGAAUGAUCGCUAUGGCAAGAAGUUAAUGACCACUUUUUCUGUGUUCCCAUCCAAUGAAAAGACCUCAGAUGUGGUGGUCCAACCGUACAAUACCGUUCUUACGUUGAAGAGACUCAUAGAGUACAGCAAUGGGACGUUUGUGUUUGAUAAUGAUUCUUUGAAUUCCAUAGAAAAUACCUUGUAUGGGAUGAAAGAUGCUCUGGCGUUUGAAGGUACAAACAAAUUGAUUUCAUUUGUAGCAGCCUCAGUAUCGAACUCUCUCCGGUUCCCGUCAUAUAUGUACAGUUCGUAUGAACUGGUUCUUCUGACGCUUGUACCGACCCCGGAUUUGAAGUUUCUUACUGCUUCGUUAGCACCACGUUCCUCUUCAAUGAAUGAACAUGACAUAAUUCUCGAGCUCAUGAAUGACAAAUACAAGAUGAAUCGAGUGGAAGAGCCUGCCAAAUACAUAUCGGUGCUCGAUUUCCUUGUCGGGGCUGGGAACAACAACAUCAGAAACGGAGGAUUCAAUAACAUCAGCUCGAAUGAAAUUAAAAAGGGGAUUCUUAAAUCACAAUCUAGAUUGGAUUUCGUGCCUUGGACAUCGAAGUCGGUCCACGUUGUAUUGGGCAAAGGUAGAGACAUUGCAGGCGGUAGUCCAUCAAAGUUUGCCGGGGUUCAGAUUUCCAACAACACAUCUAUAGCCGGGGUGUUCACCAAGAUUGUAAAACAAUACGAUCUACUUGCCAAGAGAGAGGCGUACAUCAACUACUACACAAGCGACAACAGUACAGACGAAAGAGCAAGAGUUAUGGAUUUGUUCAAUGAAUGCAAGGAAUCUGUGGUUGGGGUUAUCGAUGAGUACAAGGCGUGUCAACAGGGAAACUACUUAGAUGACGAUAUGUAA